CAGUGCUCAGGGGCCGCCAUCCGUGAACGUCUCUUCCCCCGAGCCGCCGCCGCCUCCCUCCCCCUGUUGCUCCGGAGGAAAGGCUUUCCCCCUGGCGCUUGGCGCAAAUGCCCGGCCGGCGGUGCUCCCUUCUCUCUUGCGUGCCUGGAAGGCGGCCGCGGACUCGGUCGUGUUCAGACGACUUGGCGUGGAUUUGGGACAGUUGGCCGGGGCGGGGGCAGCCGAGGAGGACGCGGCCUUCCUCUAUCCUUGACAGGAGUGACGGAGCGGGGCUGCUUACCCUCGGCUGCCCCCCGGAACAGUCCUCUCUUGCCCGGCGCCCUGUCUACGGGCGCCUCGUCCCAAGGCGGCUGGUGGGACUAACUUCGCGAAGUGUGUCCAGCGGGGUUCCCCACUCGAGCAGGAUACUAGUGAAAGAUGGUGGAUCGCUUGGCAAACAGUGAAGCAAAUACUAGGCGAAUAAGCAUAGUGGAAAAUUGCUUUGGAGCUGCGGGUCAGCCUCUGACUAUUCCUGGCCGUGUCCUGAUUGGUGAAGGAGUACUAACAAAGCUGUGUAGGAAAAAACCAAAAGCAAGGCAAUUCUUUUUAUUCAAUGAUAUUCUUGUGUAUGGUAACAUUGUCAUCCAGAAAAAGAAAUACAACAAACAACAUAUAAUUCCACUGGAAAAUGUAACUAUUGAGUCCAUCCAGGAUGAAGGAGAUCUGCGGAAUGGGUGGCUUAUCAAGACCCCAACUAAAUCUUUUGCAGUGUAUGCUGCCACUGCCACAGAAAAAUCUGAAUGGAUGAACCACAUAAAUAAAUGUGUUUCUGAUUUGCUUUCCAAAAGUGGGAAAACUCCCAGUAAUGAACAUGCAGCUGUCUGGGUACCUGAUUCCGAAGCCACUGUAUGCAUGCGCUGCCAGAAAGCAAAGUUUACUCCUGUUAAUCGUCGACACCACUGCCGGAAGUGUGGGUUUGUUGUAUGUGGGCCCUGUUCCGAAAAGAGGUUUCUUCUUCCCAGUCAGUCUUCUAAGCCUGUGCGAAUUUGCGACUUCUGCUACGACCUCCUUUCCACAGGGGAGAUGCCCACAUGCCAGCCCACAAGAUCAGACUCUUACAGUCAGUCACAGAAGCCUCCUUUAAAUGAUCUAUCGGAUGACGACGAUGACGACGACAGCAGUGACUAAGGAGUGAAAAAUAACGUCUUGAUGUUACAGUUAGCAUUUGAACCUGAGUUGCUGCGUGAGGAAACCUCUAGUUCCAGGCUUUGCUGAGAGGCCUACUCUAGCCAUAAAAUUUGCCUGAAAAACCUUCAACUCAUAUGUGCCUCAGUGUCUGAAUCUCCCAGAUAUCACAUUGUUACACCCUUUUCUGCAGGGAUAUAUUGUUGCAAAUAUAUCAUUUUCCAGCUUUGUAUACUUGAUUUGUGUAGGGAUGUGUGAUCUUUACCCCCCCCCCCCUUUGCACUAAUCUCCUGGUGGCAGGUUAGAAAGAACCAAGUAUCAAUUUCUUUCUUUUUUUCUACCAACAACCAAUCCUGCUUGUGUCUUAGUGAUAUUGUAUUGGUUAUUUUUAAUAUUCAGCGUGGGGAAUUAAACCUGCAUGAAACUGUGGUUUAUGGGUUAACUCCAUCCAAUUGAAUAGGACAACUAACCAGGCUUUGGAACUGAUAGUAAACUAUGACCAUUUGUAACAUAAAUGCAUACUUUAGUGUCAUUAACUUUUGGAAUUUUAUGCAAGAUUUCAUAUACCAAGCAGUGCCUUGUAAUGGCUGCACUGUUGCAGGAAGAAAAUAGCCCACUGUACCCUCUCUGCAGUUGUAUGUGACAGAAUGAGAAAUGGUUGGCGGUGUUGGCUGUAAUUGCUGUUGUAUAAUGAGGAUUUGAGUAGUAGGUGCCGCAGGUACUUCACUACAAUGUCUGUUGUCCAUCAAUGCCUUGCACAAAAUAGCUCCCUCUUAAUAUGAGGACAGAUUCAGCACUGUUGUAGAGCCCAGUUGAGGUGGUAUGAGCUCGGUAUGCAUAAAAUUGCAGGACUUGGGGGCCCUAAAUAAAUUAGGUCAUCUUCAAAUGGGUUUAAUAUCUUGCUACUUUCAAAAUUGUGUGAGAUAAUUACAUUGUUGUAGCUAUCGGGUAUUGGUAAUUGAGAACUGAAUUGUCUCAGAUCAUGGUAUUUCCUGUAAUUUCUUUGAUAUUUAUGAAAUUAUUUCCUCAGAUACUUCACUAACCCUUGUAAACUUUAGGAGUAGAUUUUUAUAUAAUUAGAACUUGUUUGAAAAGCACAACAAUAUGGGAAAAUGUCCCCACCAGCCAUCUGAAAAAAGUUGCAAAAAUUUCCAUCCUUUGUACACAGCUGACCUCAAAAUCAAAAUGAACUGCAGACAACUUCAUUUUAAAUAUCUAAACCCAGGACAGUGCAAAAAGUAUUUCCAAUAAAGUAUUUACUUUUUACUUUUAACAAGACAUUCUUUUCUAUGCUGGUGUCAUUUUUAGAGAAACAUCAGAUUUUGCUCUGUGAAGUUUUGUAAAACUCCAAUAUAUCUCUAUUUUUAUAUUACAAUAGUAUGUUUAAUGCAUUUAUGUAGAUACCCCCUGACAGAAUUGUGUGGGAAUGCAGUAACACCUGAGAUUUUCUAAAAAGUGUUGAAUAUUGUUUGUACAAAAAACCAUUAUACUAUCUAGGCAUUCGUUUUUGAAGUGACAGUUUCUGCACUGUUUGCCUCAUUGGGUUAUAUUUAUUGAAUAAACAAUCAGUUCUGCAACUUGCACUAGUCUCCCAGUCUGUAAUCUGGCUCCUGUAACACAGAUGUCAGUGUUGAGAAACAUGAGAUAUAGGGCACAAUUCCUUAGGUGUUACUGAGCAGCUUCCAUUCACUUUGGUGGGGCUUGCUUGGUAACAUGUUGGUGAUCACACAGCAGCAGUGCCACGUAGAUUAUGCCUUUUCAGAGUUAUGUUUUCCCAUUGAUAUCCAAAUACCUGGACAGUGCUAAGAGGGAGGUUAUUGGCUAACCCUGCAUUAAUUCAGGUGACAGUCCAGAGGGGCAUACAUGUCCCCAUAUUUUUCUGAGAAUCUCCCUCUAAGAAGGUGCCCCUACUAGCUAUCCCUAGUUGCUCCUUGCACUUCGAAGUUCAAAAGCACUUUAGGAAUUUUGCAAGAGAGCUUUAAGGAGAAAAUGGCACUUUUCUACAUCUAUAGUGUUGUGCUAGCAUAAUGCUAUCACGCUACCAUAAGAAUGCAGCAUAGUCAUACAAAGGAAGGAAGUCUGUUCCAGACCAGUUCUUGUGUUAAAAGUAGGUGUUUGCGCAACAUGUCAAUGUGUUAUGAAACCCUGUAGCACAACUUUGUGUCCCAGAGAUUGUCUUUCACUAGUGUUUGCACAGCAUCAUAGAGUACCACAGUUUUGUGCAGCUCUGCAUACAAUUUCUCUUGCUGUGCUAGCGCAACACUAGUUUGGAUGUCAGCCACUGGUUCCUCUGGGUCACAACCAACAUGUUUAGAUUGGGUCAAUCUUUCUAUGAUAUGCUAAAGCAAGGCUGUACAACGUCAGCCCUCCAGCUGUUGUUGGACUACAACUCCCAUCAUCGCUACCACAGUAGCCAAUAGUCAGAGAUGAUGAGAGUUGUAGUCCAACAUCUGCAGGGGGGUGGGGUCAAAGUUGUACAGCCCUGUGCUCAAGGAUACAUUUUGAUUUGCUUAGCAAUAGACAUAAAAGAUGGCAUUAAAACUAUAAACCACAAAAAUCCUCAAACCAGGUGAGCAAUAAUGUGUAGUUGGUGACUGGCUUGAAGAAGAGAAAUCCUAAGGCUGAAGUUCUGUGCAUGAUUACUUUGGAAGAAUGGAACUUUCUUCCAUGUAAACAUCCUUAGAAGUUGAUUGUGGAUGUAAUCUGUUUCUUCCACUUCAGAAAUAAUAUUCUUAUCCAUAACACCAGUAUGAACCAUAACAUACAUCUUGCUAUAAUUCACUCUCCUUAUUUUUAUCCUGUGUUGUGCAGAAGACUUUGCAUAGUAAAUAUUGAAUGUCCUACUUUUAUUUCCUUAAUUAUCUUUUUAUGUUGCACAAAUGCUUUAUCAGUACUUUCUGCCUUCAAGAAAAGUUAUCCUCCAUCUGUCAACAUGCUCUGCUUGCCUGUGUACCCUAACCCCAUCAUUAACUUUGAAUGAAAUUCAUGCUAUGCUGCAAUUGAUCCCUAAUGCUAUUACCAAAUUGACAUGUGUAGGAGAAAAAAUUAAUCCUAGAAAUAGGUGGUGAAAACAGGUUGCUACUUCUAUGGUCUGUUCAGAAUUGUAUUAUGUAAAACUUUUGUCGUGUGUUAGUCAAACUUUUAAAAGGGCUUAAUAAAUGGUUUUGUAAUUUUG